AUGGAUUUUAAAUCAUCGAUUGAAGCUCAUAAAUGGACAAUAAUAGAUAAAGAUCUUACAAUAUUGGAGCACGGAAAUGAUAUCAACCAACUCACAAAGAAUUGUCAAUCUGACAAUUAUUUUUUCGUUAUUAUAAAGACUGCCGGAUCAUUGCUUUUGUCCGGUCAAAAGUCAAUAUACACUUCAUAUUUCCUUGCCUUUUGGGUUGGAAAUAGAGUACCAAAGGAAAAGAGUACCAAAGUACAAGAUAAUUUACCUGCAAUUAUUCAAAAUGCUAUUAAAUAUGUUAGAAUAGAAUAUGUUCAUCAUAUUUUUACUUCAUAUGAUAGUGAAGCCAAGUUUUAUAGAAAUGUUGACGCUGCCAGAUAUAUCGAUGCUGAAUAUUUUGACCAACUUCCAACUUUAAAGUCUCAACAAUGGUUCGUCUUUGGAUACAACUCUGAAAGACAAGUACAAUCAUACCAAGGAAACUCUGUAGAUAAUCUUCAAAAAGUAUUCAAUGAACAUCAUUCAAAUGUCAUUCUAUUUAAAAAGACUGAUGAAGAAUUUGUUUUUAUUGUUUGGGAAGGUAAUCUUACAAGACCAAUUGAGAAAGCCAAGUUCCCAGCUUUUCUUUCUUUUAUUUUCUUAAACUUCAAAGACAUUCACAAGAAGAUGAAACUCGUCAAGUAUACAUCGGCAGAGGAAUUUGAAUUGCUCUCCAAUAUCUUGAAGUGCUCUUCACCAACACUGCUUGAUAACCGUAACAACAAUUUGUAUCUCGCUCUCAGUCCAAACAUUUCCAACAGUAUCCGUCCACGUCUCGGUAAGGAAACAACAUGGGCCACUCUCAGAACCACCCAUUUGAAAUCCUACGAAUCCACACCGAUUCGUGAUUUCACCUCGCCAAUCAAGACUGAAACCAAGACACGUUCCUCGCCAUCCACACCAAGAUUUGAUUCGCCAGUCAGAAUUCAAUUCUCGCCAAGCAAGUCUCAAUUGAUUCCAAACACACCGACACCGACACCAACACCAACCAUCACUGUUGGCGCCAACACUCCAUCGCCUGUCGUUGUCACCGCCGUCGCCAACACCAACAGCAACACACCAUCACCAAUCACCGAUAGAAUUGUUAUGAACGACGCUUUGAUUGACUCGCCAUUGGACAGCAAUCUGCCAAAGUCUGUAAUUGACGACGUUGUCUAUGCGGGAUUUGACGAGAUCGCUCACAAAGUAGACCUCUUCAACGCCGGUGAAAUCAACUGGAUUCUCAUUGGCUAUUGCAGUAGUCGAUGCAAGUCACUUACACUCUUGGGAACCGGAAACAGAGGUAUCAACGAGAUGAAAGAGUUGCUCAAAGACGAAUCCACAGCUUUCGGUGUGCUGAAGGUCAACUACACCGACACACGUUCCUCCGACAACAAAGAGGUUGCCGUCGACUCGAAGCGCACCAAGACCAUCUUUAUCCAGUGGCUGGGUAAGAAGUCAAAGGCAUUGGAGAAAGCACGUAGAAACACUCAUAUCAAGCCAGUCUACAACAUGUUCAAACAAAAGACAUUGGUUCACGGUGAGAUUGAGGCCGACGAGUUUGAUGAUCUCUCUGCCAGCACCAUCCUUCAAAAGGUAACAAGUUUCCGUAAUGACAUUCAAUUCAAACAAAUUAUUGAAGCAUAA